GAGCAACACCAAGUGGUUUUGAUAUUGAAUGGUACAAGUAUAGCAAUCAUGCCUCCUCGACUACAAUGUUUAAACGCCGUGCGCAAUGCGGUAUCAUCGCCGUUCCUUGGAAUGCGAUUUUCAACCAGCAGAAUUAUGUCCGCUGAACUUCCUCCAACAUCCGACAAAUCAUCCUCAGAAAUGAGAGGCUAUGAUAGUCUGAUGUCUCUUGUGAACAAAGCUCAAGAAAAGGUCCACGAGCGACGUAGGGCAUUAUCAGCCAAUUCUGGGGUGCAGAGAACUGCGGCUCAGGAAUACGAAGACAAUGUCUCGAGAUCAGCUCUGACAAAACAAAUACAUAGAAGGUGGAGAGCUGGAGAUGUGUAUGCGCCACAUGAUUUGAGUGGAAUAGAGAUGGCAAAAUGGAAGAAGAGAGGAAAGGUUACGAGGGAUGUUUUUGAUGUGGUUGCUUUCGAUCCUAUAGCAACGGGGAGUUACAAGAAUUUCUCAAUUAUGUCAGAAUAUGUAACGCCGAUGGGAAGGAUUAGAGGAAGUAAGGAAACUGGAUUAAGACCGGUCAAUCAGAGAAAGAUUGCAAAGGCAAUUAGGAGGUCUAUUGGUUUGGGUAUGAUGCCGAGUGUGCAUAGACAUCCAGAGGUCCUUUACAAGGCGAGGGAGAGGGAUGAAAUGAACGAUAAUUACAAACGAGGCACGUUGGUGUAAGGUAUUCUCAGGGUGGCAGAAAUGAAGGAAUGUAUGAUAUGUGUCGACUUGGUCGCAAAUAUGCGCCCAGUGGAUUGGAGUUGCCCGCAAUGAUAUCGAAUUUAAGUAUGCAUCAAUUCCGGUCACGGAACACGCCAUAUCAACUGAGUACUUGCAGGGGACGAAGCGAGGAGGGCUACUUCUGUGAAGUUACCAUCAUGCCAUCAGCUGUUUGACGUUACCACUGGCAAAUUUGCCCCUGUCACGCUGAACUCCUCAAGUCGAAUAGUGUGCGUUGGCAAGAGGGCUAAUGCCUGCAUACAAUAUGAGCCCUGUGAAAUAUUUUUUUGAUGGGCAUGCAUACAAAUUCAAUAACAAUCGGAGAAACA